ACUACUUUUUUGUCAAAAAAAAAUAUGUGAUGAGUUUUGCAAUGUUUAGUACAAAAGCCAAUGAAUAUAAACAUAUUUUCAAGUUAGAUAAUGUACUCGCGCACAUCUACAGCCAUGAACACAAAAGACUUCAACCUGGCCAGCAUCUUUUCAUUUUUCUCCAAAUUGAUGAAUUUCAGCUUAUUUUUAAAGAUCGAAAGGAAAGAGCUGAAUUAUUUAAACAGUUAAUGUAUGUUCUUGGGCAUCACAUGACCAGAAAAAUUCCAAACAUAUUCAUACAGACUCUACUAUCAGGUACAGCACCACAGGACGCAAUACGAGCAAUGGAACCUUCAAUGUAUUCUUGUGAACCUCUUGACCUUCCACUGCUUUCCUUAGAGUCACGCCUUGAUAUAAUGAGGGAAUUUGCAACAAAUCAAGAUGUUUCUGAUUGUGUAUGGAUGCCAAAAAUUUGGAUACAUCAAUUACUCCUUGAUACAGGUGGUCUUCCACGUGCUUUGGAAUACCUUUUUACAGAAUUAUUCGGGCAAAAGUUUACAAAUAUUAAGGAAUUUUUUGAAAAUCUCGAAAAAAGGAUCACAAUCCCAUCAACAAUCUAUGCCAAUGUCACAAACGAUAUUAAUAAGGCAUAUAAAAUCAAAGCUUAUGCUAGAAACCAUAAAAUUCUAAUAAACGAGCUUAUUUACAGAAAUAUUAUGGUAAUCGAAUCAGAUAUGUCUGAUGAGUUACAAGAUGGUAACUCUACUGAAAAAUUAGAACAUUUGGAGCGUGAUAGGCACUUGAUACUAAGGAAAUUGGAAGGAAAAGAUAAAGUUCUAAUUGAUAUACCAUACUUCUUUAUGUAUCUUUAUGCUGAUGUCCUUGGAAUUUUUACAGAAAAUCUAAAUAAAGCAUUUUUACCUGAUUCAGAUUGGUCAUGGAAUAAUUGGAAAAUAUUUAUUGCAGAUUUUAUAGCAUCACACAUCACUAUGAUUGAUGUGCUGAAAAAAGAAAAAUUAUUAAAACUUGGAGAUUUCUUUCGUAGUGCACAGGGUAGUGAUAUUACACUGGGCCUGUUGAUCAAUUUUGAAUCUGUUGAAAUCUAUGAAUUAAUACAUCAAUUUCCAUGCCUAAAUCUUUCUGCAAAAGCGGGAAAAACUGCUAUGUUAAAGCCAGGUUACAUUAUGAUCAAUGGUUAUUCAGCAUCAUUUGCAGAUGUUUUCUUUUUAGUAGAUAACCCUGAACCUAUUCUUAUUGCUAUUCAAUGCAGAAAGAGAAAAAAAUCUCUUGAUUUGAAAAUAAUUGAAGAUGAACAUAAGAAAAAUUUGAAUAUUUCUGAAAAAAUAAAAGAAAAGGCUGAAAAAAUCAGAGAAGAUGCUGAAGUAAAAGGCAGAGAGAUGAAAGAAAAAUUGCGAAAUGAGGCAGAGCAAUAUACACAACUUGCAGAUUUUUUGAGCAAAUAUCGUAUUAUCACAAUUUUUAUUACAACUCAGCGUUUCAGUGAAAAAUUGGAAGACCUUCCUGAUGAUUGUAUUUUGAUUCAUCAAGAAAACUUUGACAUUUUUUUCGGGCCUGUAUUUUCCUCUCGUAUAAAGCUUGUAAUGACUAGAGAUUCAAAUCCAAAUCUAAGUACUGCAAGUGAAUUGAUGUCAAGAUAUAAAGCAAUUAGUCAAAAUAUAGGGGAAAGAAUUGAAAAAACUAGAAAGAGAAGGAUUUUUAGGUCACAUAAAGAGUUUUGUCAAGAAUUUCCAGAUUUGGCUGAAGAUGAUGAGAUCCGAAAUAAUUUUGUUUACUACCCAUACCCUCCACAUAUAGAACCCUUUGAACAUUCAAACAAGAGAACACGUUUAAAAUAAAAUCUUUUUCACUUUUUUUUCUACCACGUUGGAUUUCAUCAUUGCUAAUAUUUUAUGAAUAAUGUCAUUCUUUAUCACAUUACACAAUGCACAUAUAUUCACAUGUAUACAUAAAAAGUGACUUGUAGUUUUAUUUUAUUAAUAAAGUAUCACAUGCAUUAUAUAAAACACAUUACAGUAUAAC